AUGAGGGUUUUCCAUACGGUUGAGGAGGUUGUUCAAUGGAGAACGCAGGAGCUCAAGGAUACCAGAUCCAGAGAAUCCAUUGGGUUUGUCCCCACAAUGGGUUGCCUGCACUCGGGCCAUGCUAGUUUGAUCUCGAAAUCUGUGAGUGAAAACACAUACACUGUGGUCAGUAUAUUCGUCAAUCCUUCGCAGUUUGCCCCCACAGAGGAUCUAGAUAACUAUCCUCGGACUCUACCGGAUGAUAUCAAAAUGCUUGAAUCGUUGAACGUAGACGUUUUAUUUGCACCCAACGCUCAUGUCAUGUAUCCACAAGGGAUCCCUCUCAACGUGGAAAAGCAGAGAGGGCCUUUUGUCAGUGUUCUUGGGCUGAGUGAGAAACUGGAGGGUGAGACGAGACCUAACUUCUUCAGAGGCGUGGCUACUGUCGUGACCAAAUUGUUUAACAUUGUAAUGGCUGAUGUGGCCUAUUUUGGCCAGAAGGACAUCCAGCAAUUCAUUGUUCUGCAGUGUAUGGUGGACGAGCUGUUCGUCAAUACAAAGUUGCAGAUGAUGCCCAUUGUUAGAAACAGCAGUGGCCUGGCUUUAAGUAGCAGAAACAAAUAUCUCUGCCCAAAGUCUCUAAAGAUUGCUGAAAACCUAUACCGUGGACUAAAAGCUGCAGAAAUUGCAAUCAAGGGCUUGGCAUCCGGGGCUCGUCUCUCUAGAUCAGAAAUCAUUGACAUCGUCACCCAAAUUUGGGCACCAUACGUUGAUUCCCACGAUUUUAAGAUAGACUACAUUUCGUUGGCAGAUUUUAAAACACUCGAUGAGCUGUCUCUUGUUGAAAACACUAGAGAGCAACAGCCACUUGUGAUCAGUUGUGCCGUAUACGUGACUGACCGCGAAAAUCCGAAUACCAUCGUUAGAUUGAUAGACAACAUUGUUAUCUAG